AUAUGACAGUACGAUAAUGAUUUAACAUGGCGGGUAGAGAACAGUGGUCUGUACAGACAAUUGCUGAGGUUUUCAAGAGAUUUGGGAAACAUAUUGAUGCAGAGCACCAUAACAAGGCGUAUAAAAAGUACAAAAUACUUUGUGAUCAUGCAAAUUACCUGGCAAAGAGAGAUUUUGAAACGCAUGAGUAUCUGAAGUCCUAUUACGAAGAAAAUGGCGAAAAUUACCCAGCAUGCCUCAGUGAUGAUCAAAAGCAAGCAUGCCUUCCUUUAUAUGAUUUUCUGUGUAGUGCAGAAACCAUGCUCGAUUUGACCAAAGUCUGGCCGACCUAUGUUUUUCUAGUGGAGGUGUACAAUAAACAGAACAAAUCUUCGAAAAAAUCGGGCCCUCAUAUCAAACAAACAGACGAUUUUAUUCCCCAUAUUUUGCAAAAUAUGAAAUCAUGUAUGGAUACAGAAACAUGGAAAGCAGCAGAAACUGAGUACUUUGAUCUCAUCCAGAGACAAGAACAAAUGAAACGUGAUCCGGAUUUGGCUAGAGAGAAAGAGUUAUGGGUUUUAAAUGGCGAUGUUGCUGCUCAGAAAUUUCUAGAUAAUAUUGAAUACAUGGAUAGAGCUCUGUAUAUAACAAUAAAAGAAGCGUUGCAGAGGAACUUAGAAGGAAGUCAAGCUACCUGGUGCCAGUAUGGAUCUCUUCUGCAUUCAUCAGAGCUUCUGGGGCGGAGUGAAGAACAAAAGACAAGACGACAUGAAAAUGAAAUUGACGAGUUACGUGAGAAGUUUGAAGAACUGAGAAUGCAAAAUGAAUUAAAAUCACAAGAAAUCGAGGAACUUACAACAAGGCUAAGUCAAGUUGCCAGUCAGAAAGUGGCGACGGGUAAUCCGAACCACACAGAUCUCAGUGAUUCCAAUCGUCCCACUAAAAUCGGGGAGAGAUUUUCAGAGUUAUAUGACAACGAAUGGACCCAGUUAUUUGAAAGUUUACAAUCGGAGCUUGAAGAUGAAAAAGAAAGAAUAAUAAAACUUUGUAACUGUGUGCAGAUGGCAUACAAAUUUUGUAAAGAGAAAAGCGCAAAACAGCUUGAAGAAUUACAAACCUGGACUAUAAAGAUUAUGUCAUAUUGCCAAAACCAGAAAGAAGAGACCAGCGAAAGCAAAGAUAUCGUUGAGAUGAAAAAAGAUGCUCUUUGUCACUUGUUAGAACUAAGGAAACAGUGUUGUUCAAUGUCUCUUCCCAAUAUCCACAAGAUGUUCAAGGAAUCGUUUAUAUUUUUAGAAACAAACGACGACGCCAUUUUAAAAGACAAUGAAGCAUAUCUGAAAGCUUGUGUAGAAAUCUGUUGGUUUAUGUGUAUUCAGGACCCGCCGAUGGUUCUUAUUAUUCCGGAAAAAGGAGAAACCAUAGAUAAAAAACUGUUUAAGAUGUACAAGACUUCCGGAGACACAGUUGACAUAUGUGUGUGGCCUGCACUCCUUUUAAGUGAAGAUGGUAGCGUUGUAUGUAAAGGUCAUGUUUUACCCCAGAAGUAAACAAAAUAUGUCAACAG